AUGAACCAUAAUUUCAUUGAAGAUUAUGAUGAAAAUUCAUGGAACCGGCCAACAAAAACAAGAGCCAAUUCCAGUAUGAAGCUUCUGUUAGAAAUAGGCACCAACGCCGCAGCAAUAACAGAACCCCAACCUACCGCUUUAUGUUUCCCACCUAUGUCUGUCAAACUAUACACUAACUAUAAUGCUGAUAUCCACUCCAUUAAAAAGAAACUCUGA